UGCGCAGCAAGCGAGCCGCCGGGGCGGUGGGGGCGAAGCGCGCGUGCGCGGUUGGUCACAAGGGCGCGGGGAACGUCAGUGAGCAAAUCGCCAGCUCGCCUGAUUGCGCUCCUAGGGGCGGAGAAGGGUGCAGGCUCUUCUCCCUCUGUGUCCUUCUUUCACUAACUUCUGGACUUUCCAGCUCUUCCAAAGUUAGUUCUCGUGCAAAGCCUAAAGGCUGGAAAACCGUCCACGAUGACCAGCAUGACUCAGACUCUGCGGGAGGUGAUAAAGGCCAUGACCAAGGCUCGCAAUUUUGAGAGAGUUUUGGGAAAGAUUACUCUUGUCUCUGCUGCUCCUGGGAAAGUGAUUUGUGAAAUGAAAGUAGAAGAAGAGCAUACCAACGCAAUAGGCACUCUCCAUGGCGGUUUGACAGCCACGUUAGUAGAUAACAUAUCAACAAUGGCUCUGCUAUGCACGGAAAGGGGAGCACCCGGAGUCAGUGUCGAUAUGAACAUAACGUACAUGUCACCUGCAAAAUUAGGAGAAGAUAUAGUGAUUACAGCACAUGUUCUGAAGCAAGGAAAAACACUUGCAUUUACCUCUGUGGAUCUGACCAACAAGGCCACAGGAAAAUUAAUAGCACAAGGAAGACACACAAAACACCUGGGAAACUGAGAGAACAGCAGAAUGACCUAAAGAAACCCAACAAUGAAUAUCAAGUAUAGAUUUGAGUCAAACAAUUGUAAUUUCUGAAAUAAACUCACAAAACCAGAA